UGAGGAAGAGCUGGAGAAGCUUUUCCAUACCAUCGAUUCUGACAACACCAGUAACGUGGAUACUAAGGAGCUGUGUGAUUAUUUUGCAGACCACAUGGGGGAUUAUGAAGAUGUUCUGGCAUCAUUGGAAACACUCAACCUCUCCAUUCUGAAGGCCAUGGACUAUACAAAACGGGUGUACGAACGAGGAACAAACGUGGACCAAUUUGUGACCCGUUUCCUGCUGAAAGAGACGGCCAAUCAGAUUCAGUCCUUGCUCAGCUCGGUGGAAAGUGCUGUGGAUGCCAUUGAUGAACAAACCAACCAGAUAAGACACUUCCACAAUAAAUCUGGCCACAAUGUCAUGGACAGUUGGUAUGACAAUCCCGUGUCUAGUUAUUCUCCCAAUAACAGAAUCAUGACCAAAGAACGCAGGAAAAGUUUCCAAACUGCAUCUUCAGACACCAAGGAGGAGGGCUUGGAAGCACAAAUCAACAGGUUAGCAGAGUUGAUUGGAAGGCUGGAAAACAAGACUCUUUGGUUUGAUCUGCACCAACGGCUGUCAGACAGUGAAAACACAGCAUGUGCGUAUCUUCUCUUGGUACGAAGUGAAAUGACUGUUUCCCAGAAGCACCUGGGAGAAUUCUGCGGCUCCCUGAAGCAGUACUUGAAGAAUGUGGCUGGAGAACAGGACUGCUUCCACGUAACUGCAGUCAGACUUCCUGAUGGGGUCACUUUCAUUGUCUACGAAUUCUGGGAAACUGAGGAUGACUGGAAGAGACAUCUCCAGAGUCCUGUCUGUAAAAGUUUCCAGCAUGUAAAAGUGGAUAUGCUGAAUCAGCCUGAAGGAGUUUCCAGCGUGUCGGUCCCAGCUGCUUGGUGCACCCUUAACCGAGACUGACCUGGAGAGGACAACGCCCUGAAGGGAAGUUUUGGAUUCCUUCUCCUAGCCUGGCCUGUGCCAAUAUUCUUUCCUCUCUUUGGCGGAGAAGCAGACUCUUGUCUUUUCUAAUAACUUUGUUACAAGUGUUGUCUCUUCUCCCUUCCGUCCAAUGCAUUUCUAUCUAGAAAUGAUAUUUGCUUGCUCUUUGAAGUGAAGGAACAACAACAAGAAGUCAAUCUAUCUUCCUACUAGCCUUUGGCCAGCAAAUGAUUUCUCCUCUCCUGAGCUGCAGCCCAAGCCUAUAACAAGUUUUGGUCUGGUAUCCACCAGAGAUGUGGGUUUGAUCCUGAGCAAGGGAUUGCAAGCUUUAACAUAGCACUGCUGAGAAUUUCUUGAUUAAUUUAGUGUGUGUUCCCCAAAAGGCAUUCAGAUUUCCACCAAGGAUGGAUUUUUUUUCCUGAGUAGAUGGGUUGUGAUGGCCCACCUUGACUGACUUGGUCUGGUCCAAACCACGAUAAAGUAACAUACCCAGUGAUCUGCUGUGGGUGGAAGGUUGUCUCUUCCUGUUGUUGUUUUAGGGAAUAAAAGUUAAAUAUUUUCAAUGCCCCAUGUGGACCUCUUUCCUGCUCCUGUUUCACUGCCACUAUGGUCACAAGAACAUGGAGAACCCCCCGAAACAGUGGUGCAACAGUCCUAUGUUGUUUUCUCAUGUGGCUGGAGAGGGUUGGGGAAGAUUAGCUACAGCUUAAUUCUUCCUUCUGGAUUUAAUUGAUUGAAGAACUCUAGGAAUAUUAAGAGAAAUUAUAAUUUCCCUUGGGACCCCGAUAUUCACAUGACCAGGAGCUCAAUCUGGCUUUAAAUCCAAAGCAGUGCAUAGGCCUACUGCAAACUCCUUGGAGCUUGGUAGCUCUUGAUGGCUUGAUUAUAUUAUUCCAUUUAUAAAUGUAUUAAAUAGUAUUCUAUAAAACAAAGGCAUCCAACUAUUUCUUGGCCUGAUUAGAAACAGUGUUAUUUGAAUCCCUCCAUUGCACAGUGACAGUUUCCUAGAAACCACUGCAUCUCCAAUACCCUCUGUGAGUUAAAUGUAUCUGUAGAUUGGUUCAGAUCUAAUCUGAAGCAUUGAUUCAAUUCAAAUUA